CAAUGACUGACAGAGGAUUGUCAAUCCAGGGCUCACCAAGCAUUUAAAGUCCGGGCGCGUCCUGAUUUUUAUUUGGUCAAUUGCUCAUCCAACAUGGCUUCUGUCACUGUUCUUCCAAGUGAGCUCCUCGCUCGCAUCAUCUCGUUCCUUGACCGGCAGUCCCUGAAGGCUAUCCGGCAAACGAGCCGCCUCCUCUCACAGUUUGCUACUCCACGGCUAUUCGACACUCUGCAUCUGUUUCCGGACGAAGAGAGUUAUGAGGCUGUCGAUCGCAUUACGGACCAUGCAACGCUGAAGAAAAUGGUCAAGAAGGUGUAUGUCAAUACGUGUGAAGAUGACUAUGACGACUAUGACGAGGAGGAAAUCGAAUUGACAAGCGAUUUCAAGGACCGAAUCGCCAGGUUCAAGGACUGCCCAAAUGUGCAAAGCGCUGUCUUGCGGUUUGACAAGCAUUGUAGUACAAGCCGCGAAUACUGGAUGAGAGAGAGUCCAGAGACCAUCCGCUUUCGCACAAAAUCUCUUCGUGUCUUUUUUAAAUGGCUGGCCUCGUUUGAAGUACCUUUGCGCGAACUCGGGAUUCGUAACAUGCAAGAUGUGAAUGUCGGGGAUGAAAAAAUAUCCGCCAAUAUCGAGAAAGUGCUGCAGAAUCUACGCACUCUCCGAUUAAGCGUCGUGACAGAGCACAAUGACGCCGCCCCGGAGGAUGACCUUGACUUCCCUGAGCCGCAUGACUUCUUCGCGCAACUUCCAUCCGUGUGGCUCAAACCCUCCGCGUCAUCUCUCGAGCACCUGACGCUCUCCUGCGACAACUACUUCGGCUUCUAUCCCAAGCUGGAACUAAGCGAGGUACAUUUUCCGCACCUUAAAUCCCUCGCCUUUGGUAAUUAUUGCUUUGUGCGGGACUCUCAGCUGGAAUGGAUCCUCUCGCAUGCAGCCACUCUGACUGACCUAUCCUUCGACGACUGCGCAAUUUUAUACGAUGUGUGCCUUGCCGAAGAGCAUCUCAACUGGGGACCCUUCCAGAAGAGCGAGAUGGAAACCCGUCGAGAGCUCGAUGGCCAGGUGUGGGUAAAGUACUACCGCUCCUACAAUAAGCGGUGGCAUCAUUACUUUGACUCCUUCCGAACAAAGCUACCUCAUUUGAGGCAGUUCCUGAUCGGAAGCAAUGACUGGAGUGAUGGCGUCCCAUUUGAAAAGGAGGCUGAAGUCAAGAUCUGCUUGCGGGAAAAUAGAUACAUGGUCUGCUAUGAUGGGUACGGACCCAGUCCGUAUCUUGAAGAAGACUAUGGCCGCCAUGAGUGGGAAAGGGUGGCACCCAAGUGCGAUGAGGAGGAUAGGGACUCCUUACGCCUGCUCUUUGAGAAAACCGGGCAGAGAGUCGUCAAGAUCCCAUUCUUGAGUUCAUUCCAAGAUUAUGUCAGCGAGGACUAAGAAUUCCAAGUCAGAUGCGGCUCGAAAUCUGAGUUGCGGGAAUAUUCUCUCUACACACAGAUCAAUUUGAUACACGAUAUGACAUUAUACGAAUGUUGAAUGGACCCUCUGACGACUACGUUCUACCAUCUAGUUGUUUCCACAAUCAAGCGUCGAAACGCCAGUCAUUACUGGACCACUAUUAUUCGCUCCGUAGAACUGCUGCAGGACGAGCAGCACACCGUAGCAAGAAGGAACAAAGAAAGAACAACAUGUCACUCAACAAUAAUCAAUCAGCCAGGCCUUGAGAUCACCAAUGGUGGGACAAUCGAGAAACAAAGAGCUCCGAAACUCCAGACGAAAUUCAGCCGUGAACUUCUCCGCCAGCACGAGUGACAGAAGGGAAUCAAC